AUGACUAGUGAUUCGUUGUCCAUUGGUGCAAGUUUCCCAUAGCCAAUCAAGAAGAGACCACUGUGCUUUUAUCCAAUUGAGUUCAUCUAAAGUUUGAACUUGUUACUUAUGCACAUGGAACAGUUCCAAGUGGCAGCAUCUGGAGCAGGUGGAGGAGUGUCUGGAAAUGGAAGUACAUCUGAACAACAGGUGGCUGUUAUGCAAAAUCUUCAGGCUGCUGGAGCAGUUCAGGUUACUUCACAGCCACAGGUUAUUCAGGUAUCACAAGCUGCAGGAAACCAACCACAUCUCAUUACAACUGGCCAGCAGAUAAUGGUUCAAGCUCUCCCUCAGGGGCAAACAAUCCAGAUACAGGGUCAAGCUGGUCAACAACUGCAACAGAUUCAAAGUCAACCUAGCCACCAGUCAACUCAGCCACUAUCUCAGAUUCAUGUUAUUCCUAUUGGCCAGGUUCAGGGUCAACAGGGUCAGCCUCAGCAGUUCCUAAUUCAGCAGCCUCAACAAAGCCAAAUUAUUCAAACAUCUGAUGGUCAGACUCUGGUUUAUCAGCCAGUAGCUAUAGAUGGCACAAACUUUGUUCAAAGUCAGGGAGGAAUUAUUCAAAUACCAGCCGGCUCUCUAUCCCCGGCAACACCUCAGGUUGUCCAUCAACAGACAACAACCAGUACGGUAACUGCAGGUGCAAGCCCUCAGGCUAUUUCCAUCCCAUCAUCAGGAGGCUUACAGUCUGGAAAUAUUGUAAUGGUAGUUCCAGGGUCAGGAGGAUUACAAGCAAUGCAGAGAUUACCAUUACCAGCUGCUGAAUUACUGGAAGAAGAGCCAUUAUACGUGAAUGCUAAACAAUACCAUCGAAUAUUGAAAAGACGGCAGGCUCGUGCCAAAUUGGAGGCCGAAGGAAGAAUCCCUAAGGAGAGAAGAAAAUACCUUCAUGAAUCUAGGCACAGACAUGCGAUGAACAGAAUUAGAGGAGAAGGUGGUCGUUUCAAUUCAGGCUCUAUGACAUGUGGGGGCAGUGAAGAAUCACAUAUUGGAAAUGGAGACAAUGAAGAUACCAAAGCUUUUAUAAGAAACAAUGGCCUCAAUAGUGUAGCAUUGAAAAUUGCUACAGAAUCCCAAACCAGUCGGGAUUCUGAUAGUGUUUCAUUAAACAAUGAUUUAUCAGCUCAUUUGGAUUCUAGCAUAGAGAAUGGAAGGUCAACACCUAUUACUCAGAUAAUAACAGGUGAGCUCAUUUCUGCCUCAGGAGAUUCAAACUGACGCAACUGUCACCUAAUUU